AUGGAGCAACGUGGUGGCGGCACAUGUGCCGCGGGCUCGGAGGCGGCUCGCGACACUUCAGAAGCGAUGGCAGUAGCAGCAGGUCCCCAGACACAUUCUUUGACGGCGUCGCGUUUGGAACCAGCGCCUGCGGAUACUCGGCGCGCCUCCUCCGAGGAGGACGCGGCCGCGGGCGCGCUCCGAGUGUCCGCCCUCAGGGACUCGCCCGCGAGCGCAGUGUCUCCUCAACUGUCUCCGCGUCACGUGCGAAACCCAGGGGGCGAAGAGGAACUCGCCCAGCUUCUGAGCCACACGCUCCGACCCAAGUCGCUUCGCGUCCUCGUCGCCGGAUGUGGCAGCCAGCUCGGGCGACUCGUCUUCCAGCGCCUGCUGCACAUUGAGCAGGAGAGUGGCAGAAGGUGGCUGCACGUCACUGGCCUCGCCAGCAAUACGGCUGCCAGAACAGCCCUCAUGAAAGAAGAACCCCAGCUCUGCCGCUCCGACAUUGCUGUGUGCGACGUGCGUAAAGAGGCGGCGGUGCGCGAGGUUUUCGGCAUCGCGCGCGCUUCCCGCCCCGCGACCUCGCCUUCGCACGCGUCUGCAGCUGCCAAGCAAGAGGAACUCUAUCGGCAUGCCUGGUUGCGGUACCAGCAGGUCCGUUUGCACGCGAAACGCGCACUGCUGGCAGCCACCGCGGGGCCGGAACGCGGCAAGCUUGCGGCGCAGUACAAGUCGCGCCUCUGGGAGAUUGAACAGCGGCUGCUGACUAUUCAGCCGUCAGAGAGCUUGUUCGACGCCGUCGUCAUCUGCAUCUCGUCGCAUUUCGCGCCGGUUCGCCUCGCGCCCCCCUUGGCUGCCGCGUCGCUGGCGGGUGGGUCAGAUCCCGGUCAGACGGAGCUGCAAACAAGGGGCUGCAGCCCGCUCCGCAUGUUGCGCGCAGGGCAGGGUAGCAGGACGCAGUUUGCUGGCAAAAGGGCCGGUAAGGACGCCCAGGCGCCUGGCCGCUACAAGAGCGGAGACUUGCGGCUCGUGGCUCGAGACGGGACGUUACCUCGAGACGGCUUCGCGGAGAAGCCAGCCGCUCGCGCGGCUCGCGGCAGUCCCGCGCAGAGCGAUUUGCGGAAGGCGAACGCCCUGUCCGCAGAGGUGAACUCGGCGCGCGCACACAGCCCGUUGCACGACCGCCAGGCUCAAGACGCACAUCGCCUGGAUGGAGGGCAAAAAGAAUCUCCACACCCUCACGGAGCUGGCGGCGCCUUUUGUGCCCCUCCGUCAAACACGUCACCGUUCGCCGCUGGCGGGGCCAAGCGCUUCACUUCGUGCUUUGGCUGCCUUCCCGGCGGUCUCCUGCCCAAGAAUCCUGCGGCACAGGAGGCGAGGCGUCGGAGGCUGACGCUUGUGGAGCCCAGAGAGGGCGCAGCAGACGCGGCGAACGCUGCUUCUCCGCUCGCUGAAGAAGACGAACGAACGCAGGUGGAGACGGCGCCAGCGAGUGACACGGCCUCUGAAGACGGCAGUCCCGACGGGGGGACAGCGUGGAACCGGAAGAGAGAAAGUUUGGUGCCUUUGCAAGCCCAACACGCGUGCGUCCACCAAGAGGGGCUGAAAGGGAAACCCGCUGAGCCUGGAGAAGCAGCGAGCUGCAAAAUGUCCACAGACACGACUGAGAGAGGCGCGGCGGACGCCUCAAGAUGCCGUCUGCCUCAGGAACUUGUGUAUGAUUAUGUGGGAGGGUACCCACGAGAAAUCGACUGGCUUGGCCAGAAGAACAUUAUGGACGCAGCCAAGGAGAGCUCCGCUAUGCACGUGAUUCUGUGCAGCAUGAUGGGAGGUACCGACCCGAAUCAUCAGUUAAAUCAGCGAGGAAGGCACAGAAGCAAGUUCCGGCGUGGACAAGUCGGUGGCGACCUUCUCUUGUGGAAACGUCGAAGCGAGCGAUAUCUCGUGAAAAGUGGCAUUUCGUACACAAUCGUUCAUCCGCCUGGCGAACUGUCAGAUGGUCCUGAAGGAUCGGACCUGGUGGUUGGCGUGAACGACGUCCUCGACUCAGUGCCGGGGCAGACGAUAUCUCGCAACGAUGUCGCCAAGAUUCUCGUGCAUGCCCUGACGGAUCCUGCGUAUUUGGACCAAAGCUUCGACGUCUCGGGCGCAUCGACACGGCAGACUGAAAGCAAGGAUGCGCUGCCGCAAGAAACUUUACGCAUGUGGACGCUGAUGAGUCAGUUGAUGGAUGCGAAGUAUGAUUAUCGAAGCAGCGGGGCAGAUCAGCUGCUUGCCGAUCAGGAGCAGGCAGAGGAGCACCGCGCGGCUUUCCGCCAGUUGGUAGUGGAAACUGCACGCCAGCGAACUCUACGGCGACGUUAG